AUGUUUACAAAAAUCAAGCUCUGCAUCAAAAAGAUACCCUUUACUAGCUCCAGUCUACUGGCACGUAAUAAUGACAAUCUGUCCUUCCGAAAAACACCGCUCCAUACGAUAGCCUCUCGAAUGUUCAAGAAAAAGCCGAUCGUUACUUCGUCCGAGAAACCGAAAUCUGCGACAUCAUUUAUUCCUUCUUCCUUCUCAGUCGUAGCAUCGCUGAAGCUAAAGUUGAAAGACCCAAAAUCAAAACCGACGGCGGCUGCCAAACCGAGCGACGACACCGUGUACAUUGAAAAACAAUCAACUGCCGAGACUACAUACGAACCGUUGCAGAACCCCGUUGGAAACACGUCGUUUUUAGGUAUCACGGCAAAGCAGCCAUGGUAUUUAAAGCUGCAGCGGAAAUGGAUCCGACCGCACACCCCUCUUUACGAAGUUGGUUUUGAUGACGGAACAUGGUUGCCCUUGCAACAGAGGACCAGCAGAAAUAUUGAACGUAUACGUGAUCUCGGUUUCUCCAAAUUCGACAUCCGCUGUGAUCAGCAUUUGAUGGAUCAACUCGCGUCCGUAUCUUCAACCAGCGACAUGGAUGUUCAGUUAGAAUUAUGGUUCCAGCGUGCCAACCUUCAUUUGCCCCAAGGAUUUCAAAUUCGCCGCGCUCACUGGUGGCGAACACAUAUGGUGGGCAUCGGGUAUCUACCGGUCAUCGGUACAAGCCAAACCUCUGAAACCAGAACCGUGAGCUCUUGGACGGGUACAACGCUUGAACAUGCCCUUGGCAACAAAAAGCGGAUUCCGUAUAUCACCACGGCAUCCUUACUAUUACCGACUUCCUGCAAACCGCUACAGUACCGUCCGUACUUUGACUAUAGAAACUCUUGUAUCGUCAUCUAA